AUGCGCAAGCGUACUGAGCCGACACAUUUCAAACUGAAAGGCGGGUAGUUGAAGCUCAGACCGAAUAAAAACAACAAAGGUUAAUUGUCUAGAAUACUCAAAACGAGUAAGAAAAUGACGAGCACGUUGGGCGGAAUUACACUGAAGGGAAGCGCUGAGCUUGUGGCCGAUUUCUUCUCAUUUGGCAUCAACAGCAUCCUGUACCAGAGGGGCAUUUAUCCUCCAGAGACAUUCAGCAGGAUCACCCACUAUGACAUGAGCCUUCAUCUGACCACUGAUCCCAAACUGAAGAACUACCUGACCAACGUGGUGUCUCAACUGAAAGGUAGCUCAGCGGAUGCUUUCUAUAACCCUUUAAUGAUUCGCAUUUAG